AUGGAUGCUUCUGCGCCUUUAUUGGCAGAUUCAAAUAAUGCAAGACAUAGACCAUCUACUUUAAAGGCUGCUUUGACUGAUAUAGCUUAUGUCUAUAAUUCAGCACCUGUUAAUGUAUUGCUAAUUUUUGUUCCAAUUGGUUUAAUUUGGGGGUUUUUAGGUUUGUCACAUACUUGGACUUUUGUAUUUAAUUUCUUGGCAAUUGUUCCAUUAGCAACUAUAUUGGCAUAUGCUACUGAAGAGUUGGCUAAUAAAGCAGGUUCAACAAUUGGUGGGUUAUUAAAUGCUACUUUUGGUAAUGCUGUGGAAUUAAUUGUCUCUGUUAUUGCUUUGAAAGAAGGUCAAGUAAGAAUUGUUCAAGCUUCAAUGCUUGGUAGUUUACUAUCAAACUUAUUGUUAGUCUUAGGGUUCUGUUUUCUGUUUGGUGGUUAUGGAAGAGUUCAACAAACUUUUAACCAAACCGCUGCUCAAACAAUGUCUUCCUUAUUAGCUAUAUCAUGCGCAUCUCUAUUACUACCUGCCGCUUUUAAGGCAACUUUACCAGACUCAAAAGAUGACGCUGCUUGGAUUGAUGCUAAAAUUUUAGCAUUCUCAAGAGGUACUUCUAUCAUCUUACUGGUUGUCUAUAUGUUAUUCUUAUACUUCCAAUUAAGCACUCAUAACGCAAUGUUUGAGGAACAAGUUGAAGAAACUGAUGAAGUCAUGAGUCAAAUUUCAAGCACUCCUCAUCAUUGUCUAAGUAUCAAAUCAUCUUUGAUCUUCCUUGCUGGUUCUACUAUAGUCGUAUCUAUCUGUGCCGACUUCUUAGUAGGUACAAUUGAUCAGGUUGUCGAAUCAACAGGUUUAUCAAAGACUUUUAUUGGUUUAAUCGUAAUCCCAAUCGUUGGUAACGCUGCUGAACAUGUUACUUCUGUCAUGGUUGCAAUGAAAGACAAGAUGGAUUUAGCUUUAAGUAUUGCCAUUGGUUCUUCUUUGGAAAUUGCAUUGUUUGUCACUCCAUUCAUGGUUUUAGUCGGUUGGGCAAUUGAUGUUCCAAUGACUUUGAAUUUUUCCACUUUUGAAACCACUACAUUAUUCAUUUCCGUCUUUUUAUCCAACUACUUGAUCUUAGACGGUGAAUCCAAUUGGUUAGAAGGUUGUAUGUCAUUGGCGAUGUACUUAUUAAUCGCAAUGGCCUUCUACUACUACCCAGAUGAAGAAGCAUUGAAAAAUAUCGGUGAAAAAGUUUUGACAAACAAUUAA